AUGAAAGUUACAGGGACAUUUCUGUGCAUCCUGCUGCUUCUACUGCAGAAGAGUAGUGGUCAACUACAAGUAUUUAAUGAUCAGAAAACUCUCAUUCUUCCUGAUUCUUACAACAUUGGCUGGAUGGCAACUCUAGAUGAUAACAAGUUCAUCUCUGAAAUCACUAUUCCUGGUACUCAUGAUGCCUUGGCCCUUCAUGGAGGACCAUUAGCAAAAUGUCAGGCAUGGUCACUGAUGGACCAGCUAAAGGCUGGGAUACGUUACUUUGAUCUUAGAGUGUCUGGAGAAGGUUUGAAAAUUAAACAUGGAAUAAUUUACCAACGUAUAACAUUUCCUGAAGUUCAAAAGACAAUUAAGGAAUUUUUGCAUAGUUACCCCACUGAGAUUGUGCUUGUGAGAGUUAAGCCUGUCUUUCUCCUCAGAGACAAAGUUCCAGAUUUGGUUAAAAAAGAGAUUAAUAAGACUAUUAGCUGGAUCAAUUGUUCAAUGCCAAGAAUUGGUCAAGUAAGAGGAAAGAUUGUUUAUGUUCAGAAAGGCGACUUUAAACUGGGGGUCCCUCUUACUGAAACAGAUAAGAAAGGUGACUUUAAAGUAACUGAUGUUGAACAAAAGAAGGAAAAAAUUAAGAAUCACCUGAAUCAGGCUAGAGAAACAUGUAGAAAUGGUUGUGUUAUUCUGAACUAUUCAAGUGGCACAGGCAUUGGUUCAUUGAAGGGUUUAUUUAAGGGUUUAACCCCCAAAAGAGUAGCAAAGCAAAUGAACCCUUGGCUGUAUACUUAUCUCAAACAUGUGUCUACUGACAACCCCAAACCUAGUUUUGGCAUCAUAGCCAUGGACUUUCCAGGUGUUGAUUUGAUUCAAACAAUCAUCAACCUUAAUCGUUGAGGCUUUAAAUCAUUUGAUUCGAUCUAAAAA